CCGGCCCCGCGGUGUGGCGCCGGCGCUGCCUUCGUUGGCCGGCGGACUCCCGGCCCGGCUGCGGGCAUGGCGGCCAGUCUGUGGAUGGGCGACCUGGAGCCCUACAUGGAUGAGAAUUUCAUCUCCAGAGCCUUUGCCACCAUGGGGGAGACCGUGAUGAGCGUCAAAAUUAUCCGAAACCGCCUCACUGGAAUCCCAGCUGGCUACUGUUUUGUAGAAUUUGCAGAUUUGGCCACAGCCGAGAAGUGUUUGCAUAAAAUUAAUGGGAAACCCCUGCCAGGAGCCACACCUGCAAAACGUUUUAAACUGAACUAUGCCACUUAUGGGAAACAACCAGAUAACAGCCCUGAAUACUCCCUCUUUGUGGGGGACCUCACCCCAGAUGUGGAUGAUGGCAUGCUGUAUGAAUUCUUCGUCAAAGUCUACCCGUCCUGUCGGGGAGGCAAGGUGGUUUUGGACCAGACAGGCGUGUCAAAGGGCUAUGGUUUUGUGAAAUUCACAGAUGAGCUGGAACAGAAGCGAGCUCUGACCGAGUGCCAGGGAGCAGUCGGCCUGGGGUCUAAACCAGUGCGGCUGAGUGUGGCAAUCCCCAAAGCGAGCCGUGUGAAGCCAGUAGAGUAUAGUCAGAUGUACAGUUACAGCUACAACCAGUAUUACCAGCAGUACCAGACCUACUACGCCCAGUGGGGCUACGACCAGAACACGGGCAGCUACAGCUACAGCUACCCCCAGUACGGCUACACGCAGAGCGCCAUGCAGACAUAUGAAGAAGUCGGGGAUGACGCAUUGGAAGACCCCAUGCCGCAGUUGGAUGUGACGGAGGCCAACAAGGAGUUCAUGGAGCAGAGUGAGGAGCUGUAUGAUGCCUUGAUGGACUGUCACUGGCAGCCCCUGGACACAGUAUCUUCAGAGAUACCCGCCAUGAUGUAGUCGGGACAGAGGACCAGCCAGAAAGGACUGUGUGAUGGAGAUGAGAGACUCUCUUUUUUAACAAAGUAUUAGAAGAACUUUUACCUUUUUGGAAAUGUUAAGCUUUUAGUGAUCAACUCUUCUGAGAUUAUGACCAUUCCUGCAACAUUGCUGCCUUCCUCUCUGCCUGUCAGCCUUCAGAGUUUGAAAACCACAGUGCCAUUGAGCAAGGUUCUACUUGUCCUUGAAAAGUAAAUUUUUCCAGGUAUGAAUCCACUUACCAUCAUCUCCAGCACCCAUAUGGAAAGUCUGGAUUUAUACUAAAAAUCUGCA